AUGCCGUUCAUGCACGGUUCGAUGCCGCUCCGGCGGACAUUCUUCUAUCUACAGCAAGGAAAAGUGAAGUUCCGUGACAACGUCAACGUCUUCGCAAUGGGUUUUCACCGAAAUCCCAACGAGCAACAAUCGGGCGCCCGCGACUUUGUCUACUGGCACUGGGCUCAGUUGCAGUACCACAAUCCCAAGGUUCAGCUCGUGAAGCACGCCGACAAAGUGAUCACACCAUUCGCCAGAGCUUAUUUGAAUGAUGGUCGUGAGGUGCUCUUCGAUUUGGACGGUAUGAGGCGAGAGGAAAUCGAGCAGGCGUUGGCGAAAACGCUAGGGAAGACAGAGUUGGUGGAGCGAAGAGAGCAUUUGGAGAGUAUUGCCAAGUUGAAUCCCGCUGAUUUUGGUUCCAAAAACGAGAGACAGUGCAUGUGCGAAGUACAAGGUCAACACCCGUGUACCGGACUUCUACGAGCGCCCAAGUGCAUGACCGGCAAACAACGAUGGAAUCAUAAUCUCAUUUAA